GGCGCGCGGUCGGGGAUCGCGGGGCGCAACACGGAUUGCGGUUUGCGCGAACGAAACGGAACAUUCAGCUCUCUCUCUCUCUCUAUCUCUCGCGCUGCGGACUUCUCACUCCCUUGCUCGGGCCGUCAAGAGAUUCAACUCAGAAGCAACAUCGGCAGCCUCGAAUUUGAUGGUACAUAUAUUCAGGGGUUCCCGGAGGGUGAUGUGGUAGUGGGACGGCGGCGGGACGGAGAGAGUCAAACCCCGUCAACAACCCUGCUAGCGGCAGCAGCAGCAACAGCUUCGUCGUCGUCGUCGUCGUGUAUUAUAUAGAAGGAGAUUUAAUGUACGCACUGUACGGGGUCUACGGUGCUACGGGGGGCAUCAAUAAAGUAGCUACUAGUGUAGGUUUUCUCUUUUGGUGUAGGCUGUCUCGUUCUCGCUGGUGGGAUGGGAGAUUAGGCUGUCUCGCUCGCUCUCUCGCACGCUCGGUUUCGUGUAUCGCGGUUAAGUACAGUAGAUGUCUGCAGUUUCCAGUUCGCAGCUACUAUGCCAGAAAGUCUUUUGACUUCUGUUACUAGCAAACGCUCGCAACACUCGUUCCAAGUCCAGCGUACUAAACAGGCCGUUUUUUGGUAGCCGCGUUGGCCACCUCUUCCUAUACGGUAUUCUCCGAUCAUAACUUUUAAACUUUUCGGGUUACCCGAUUGACUCUCCGUCGUCGUCGUCGUUGUCGUCGUCGGCAGUUUCGUCGCUCUUGCGCGCAACCUCCUGCCCGUAGCCUGUAGCGUUCGGUCUCCGGGGCCGUCUCUCGCGCCGCGCGCCGUUGUGCUGCUUAUUUCGGUGUGUAUUAUUGCUGCCGUGUGUUGCCUGUGCCUGCCUGCCUGCCUGGCUAUUGCUCUUGGAGAGUUCGUCUCAUCAUCUUCAUCUGCGCGCGCCACUGCAGCCGAAUCAACCGAAGUUCGUCGUCGACCCCGUCGUCGUCUACCUUCAAGUGCUCAGGAAGAUCAAUUUAGCGUCAUAAUAGCGAUACGCACAGAAGCGUUCGGAAGUUAUAUUACAUCGGCGAUAUUAUUAACUCUCACAGCUUCGCGGACCGCGCUGGAGUUCGGGAGCAGUUCGGGAAUAGUCGCUUUCUCCGGUGGAUGUGCUGUACCGUCAACGGAACCGUUCUAAGGAAUAAUCCCUGCGAGAAAAUAAGUGAUUUUGAAUGGUUUCUCAUUCGAUAAAGUGACUUCAAUGAUACCUGGUGUCGAAGGUGAAGCGAUUGUGAUACACAGGAAGAGUUCCAUCCAGAGUGUUCAGCUGGAAAGGUGUUUCGACGAGCGAGAGUCAUCGAUGCGCAACGGAUCCUGUAAUCAAACGUCAACAAUCCUGUGAUUGCUUGCUGUAGACGUCGUUCAAGAGUUUGAUCGUAGAAGCGACUACAGCCCCUCCCUUGGUAGGACCCCCAAAAACGGUGGUGACUAAUCCGAAGAGUAAGCAGAUAUCAUCAUAAACAAAAAAAAACCAAUCAGAAAAAAACCACUCAUUUUCACACCAACAAUCACCGCAACCCAUCCAGUCAAAACCCUCAAACAAAAAAAAAACCACCACACACAAACCAACCAACCAAAAUGUUCGCGGUGAUGCGAAUUGACAAUGACGACCGUAGGUCCGACUUCCGCCGCAAGAUGCGGCCAAAGUGCGAGUUUGUGUGCAAGUACUGCCAGCGCCGGUUCACCAAGCCGUACAACCUGAUGAUCCACGAGCGCACCCACAAGAGCCCGGAGGUGACGUUCUCCUGCGAGGUGUGCGGCAAGUACUUCAAGCGACAGGACAACCUCCGCUCCCACCGAUGUACCCAGUGUGUUUGGCGGUAAGCAUCAACAUCUUUAACAAACAAAAAAAUAUACACACAAAACAGACGUAUACAACACGAAAGAAAGAAAAAAGACAACCACUUCAGAGUAUCAAUUAGGAUGAAGAGAGAGAAAAAUGUUAAGGUGGACAUCAAGCGAAAAAAAGUUAAAUGAUUGUAUGAAACACGAUAAAGUUUGCCAUUUUGUGUACUAAAUCGAACUAUGUUAACUUAAGUUAAACAGAAAAUCAGAAUUAAUGGCAUCCCAAUAGGAAAAUGUAAGGGAGAAUGCCAAUUGCCAUGCAGAUUUAGCUAUCAAGAAUUCAGUUCAGAAAUAAUGCCUAAAAAUAGCGGCUUUUGUGUAAACAUUCGAGGUACACUUAUGUAAGUAGAAUUGACCAAUGUUGCCUAAUUUUGAGGUAUCCAUGUUUUUAAGCAGUCGUAAAUCAACCCACAUCAACGCACGUAACACGAAUCCACGAACGAGGAGAAAAAGAAGAAAAAGAAGCUGUAAAUUUAUGCACGACAACAUUGAAUUUUUAUUAGGAUAUUUCGUUUCGGCAAACAAACGCGACCACACAACAACAGACUUCUUGUUUUUGGUCUUCCUUCAAAAAGGAAGGAUUUUGGUUUGACUUAGUUUUGGCGGUGUCACGGCUAUUUCGAACUGAAAAUGGACAAAUUUCGACAGACAUGCUAGAAAAUGACAUUUGCUUGACUGACAAUUUUAGGUUCUUUUCAUACCUGCAAAAUUUUUAAAUAUCUUCCAAAAUUACAUAUUUUUUUACACACUGGAAAAUAAUAUUUUGAAGUUCUAAUUUGAAAAAAGUAGACAUUCCUCUUUGUUUUGAUUUUUGUUAACAAGUAUUUUCGAAAAAAAAAAGAAUUCUGCAAGUAUGGAACACCUCUCACGACGUCCA